AUGCCCACUUUCAGCAAUAGUGUAAGAGAAGAGGUUAUCGACGUAACACUGAGCACGCUUAACUUAGCUCAGGACAUCAGGGACUGGAAAGUGUCUCUAACACCCUCUCUAUCGGAUCACAGGUAUAUACUGUUCAAGACUGAUGGAGAGAUUCCGGAUAAAUAUGCUCGGAAUCCCAGGCAUACUAGAUGGGGGUCCUUUAGGGCAGACAUUGACAGUAAGCUUGGAGCGGUCCCAUACAGGCUUGGCAGGGGCUCUGACAUAGAAGCAGCUGUCGAGUCUCUGAGCAGGGACUUGACGGCCGCAUAUGAGGAAAACUGCCCGUUACGCAAAGUACAAGGUUAUGGCGGCCUGACUAAUUGCGUGAGUUACUCGGACAGAACAGCAGGACUGCUUCUACAAACCUACCCUUCUCGGCCAGUAAUAGGAACUAAUGGUAGCAGUGGUGCUCGUAGAAAUAAUUCAUACAGAAAAAUGCAUUCUAAAAUUAGAUAUUUGAAAUGCUACCGUGGAAGUUUUAUCAUGGAGAGACUAAGCGGCCAGCAAAGAACAAAAAUCCUGGAAUUUUAUUUUGAAAAUAACCAUUCAAUUAUUUCCACUCAGAGAGCCUAUCGCCGAUAUUUCAAUGAGAGAAACCGCCCGGCGGGAAUGACUAUACGCAACAUUAUUCAUCGUUUUCAAGAGACAGACUCUGUUUCUGAUAUGCCACGAAGCGGAAGAUCCCGUUCCGCCGUUACCAACGCAAACAUACAGGUGGAGGAAAGUGUUCAAGAUGACCCCGAAACAUCGACGCGAAGAAGAUCAACUCAACUAGGGCUCGCUCGAACUUCACUCAGGGGUAUUUUAAGACGUUUACAUCUCAUACAGCUGAAGCAACACUUGAACCGAUGA